GUGGUGGAAGUUUGGGGUGAGUUCGGAUUGGUGGUGUGGGCUAAGAGGAGGGGGAAGAGGAGGAGGGAUACAGUGUGUAAUUGGAUCAGGGGGGAGAAAUGGGUUGGGCUGGAUGUGCAAAAAAUUCGGAUUAAAAUAGUAAAGCCCAAGGAAAGAAGAACCUGAUGGUGGGGGACCAAGGACGCUGCCACGAGGAGAUUCCCUCAGUGAGUUCUGUACAAACCGUCGCACCACUGUGGGUGGGGCGGAGUGGGAGCAGAGACGUGCUAGAGACGGCGGUUGUCUCUGUGUCCGGUGGAGAGUGAGCAGGAGUCAGCUGUAGUAUAGGGUCAUCGUCUCCGGGCUUCGAAGGCUGAGGAAAAGGGGGGUUCAAUGGAGAUGAGGGAAGAUUGAGGCCAUGGAGAAGUUUACUUGAGGAGGGGAUGAUUCGCAUCCAUGGACCAAAAGGAUGGGAAGGAGGGUUGAGUGAGGUAGAAAGGGGUUCAGAUGAUUUACAGUGUAGGAGCGAAUGACCCAGACGCCCGCAUGAGUAGCAGAAUGAUGGUAAUCUUUCGUAACUAAAUGAAAUCCAAAGAACCUCCCCAAAAAAUUUGAACCAGAGACCUCUCUUCAGAGGAGAGUUAACAUUAACUAAAUGAAAUCCAAAGAACCUCCCCAAAAAAUUUGAACCAGAGACCUCUCUUCAGAGGAGAGUUAACAUUGAUGUCGACUUUGAUUCGAAGAAACUUUCCACCUUCAGCUCCUUUGUUUCUAACUUCAACUCGGUAGGAGCGAGAGAAGCUCUUUGCAAUCAAUUCACCGGUUUCUGGGGGUUAAACUUUCAAAAGGGAUAUUCCUCAGAUGGACCCAAAAGGGUGAAGAGACAAAGGCCGAGUCAAUAGGUCGGAAAGAAGGGUGCCACUCAAUCAAGAUGAGAAGGUGUUUAUAAAAAAACCAUGGACGCCCAUAAAGAAUUUUCUGCAAAUCUUGCUCAGAGGAGAAAAGAAAUUGAAAAAUGUUGGGGGCGAGACAAAAGAGUUUAAACUUACAGUUCCAGAUUUCAGCGAAGUUGUUAUGAAUACCUUUCAGAUUCUUGGUUUGAUCGGAAACAAGCUUUCCAAAUAGGCUGGGUUUGCAAUCGGAGAUUCCCGAAGCUGAAUCGGCCUCAGUGGCUUCGAUGAUAAUAUCCUCUUCAGGGGUUAGGGAAAAUUUUUGAAGGUAGGAAGUGAUGUCCUCCAUGGUGAAAGGGGGGAAGAUAAGAAGGAAAAGAGGAAGGAGAUGGGACGAACCAGAGGAGAAACCCUUUACUCCCUGAGAACCAAGGACCCUCUACAGAGCGAGAGGACAAUUCUCUUGAUUAAAUCAGAAAUUGAACAGAUAAGAUCAAAAGAGUACACCUUACAAAGCAACGUCGUCGUUUCCCUUUCUUGGCCACCACUCAUCUCCCACAUCCCCACAGACGCUCAGUUGUACUCUCACUCCAGCUGGCUCGCUUUUUCUCUGCAGAGGCGCUGCUAAUGCUGGUUAUAAACCAGACGAUCCCUUCAUCUCUCCCUCUUCCUCUCUUGUCUCUCUGUCUCUCCCUAAAAAACCCAAGCUGAAAAAAUCACUCUCGUUUCAACAAUGUCCGACUAUUUCCCCAAAGAAGUGUUGACCGAAAUACUCUCAAGACUUCCGGCCGAGUCUCUGCUCAGAUUCAGGUGCGUUUCUAAGUCUUGGCUCUCUCUCAUCACCAGCCCUUAUUUCAUCGCUAUCCACCUCAAUCAAUCCCACAACAACAACUCUCACCUCCUCAUCAAAUACUACUCUCUGGACCCCAAAAAGGAGCGCUAUUCGCUCCAAUUCGACGACGAAACACUCCACGAGUCCUUGGAACUCAAAUGCCCAUUCAAGACUCGAACCAAUAGCUUCUUCCGAAUGGUGGGUAUUUGCAAUGGGUUGAUUUGCCUCUCCGACGACCAUUUUUGUUACACCUACACUCUCAUCAUCUGGAACCCUGCCAUUCGCAAGUGUGUGAACCUUCCCAAGCCUCGCGUUUGUUUCGACACCUAUGGACCCUACAUGUUCGCUCUUGGGUUCGGGUUUGAUUCUCGGAACAACGAUUACAAGGUUGUGAGAAUCGCUUACCUUCAGCAUAGAAUGGGUUCGUGGGACACCAGUGCCGGUGUCGAAUCGCUGUUGUUCGGAGGGGAUGAGGGUUAUGUUGUUCCUCCUGAGGUGGAGGUCUUCUCGCUGAAAACUGGUUAUUGGAAAACAAUUGCAGCCAAUGUGCCUUCGUAUAAUAUGGCUGAGUAUUUCUGGUGUUCGGCUUUUGUCAAUGGGACUAUCCACUGGCUUGUGUAUGCUAAAUGGGAGGGUUCGGACCAGAAUCAUCGCGGCACGAUUCUUGGGUUUGAUGUGGGUGGUGAGGGGUUCUGUGAGCUGAACCUGCCCAAGAAAUUGGCUGAUGAAAAUCCACUGAACUUGGCCAUUUCUGUGUAUGGGGACACAAUUUCGGUGUUCCAGUAUGAUAAUCGGGCAAAGAUUGAGCAUUGUUUGGUGUGGGUGAUGAAACAGUAUGGUGUGGUGGAGUCAUGGAGCAAACAAUUCAAUGUUGAUUUGCAAGGAGGAGUCUUAGGGGCAGCACUUGGGUUUCGGAGGAAUGGGGAGAUAUUGCUUGCUAGGAGGAAUGGUGAGGUGAUUUUGUAUGACCCUGAUAACAGAGGAUCCAAGAGUCUUGGAAUUUUUGGUGGUAGAGACUCGAUUUGUGCGGGUACGUAUGCAGAGAGCUUGGCUUUGCUUGAUGGUGCUGUCUUCAGUGCUAAAGUAGAUUCUUGUGAUAUGGUUGAUUCUGAGGAAGAACCUGUUUCAAAUGGACCAGAUGAAGAUGCAGUCGAAAGACAGUCAUUCGAGCAUUUAUUUUUUUCGUCCAUGUUUCUGAGUGAGUAAUGUGUUUUCUUAUUAGUAUGCAUAGUAUUGACUCAAGGCUUUUGAACAUUGCAUUAUUUCUCAUCUUUUGAAUGAUGAUAUGUUGGCAAUUGGUAAGUUGUUAGGACUAUAGCUUAGUUAUGGUUAGUUGUGUGUGCCUGAGCAAUGUUGCAAUAUAUACUAACUUAUCAGAGUGAUGCUCAUAUUGUCAGCUUUUGAUAUUUUUCAUUAACUUAAUUAUCAUGUAUUAGGAUGCUGCCUCACAUGGUCGUAUAUGAUUCGUAUAUUGCUUUUAAAUUACUGUUUGCUAUUUUAAAUGUUUAUCAUGAA